CUUCUUCUCCAAAUAUAAAAUAUAAUUAGCCAUGUCUCAAGGCUAUGCAAACCAAUUUCCAAUCGAAAACUCCCCACUAAUAAACGUUAUUCAACUGGUUUUUCUAAUCGUGGGAUUAGUCGAAUCCAUCGUGUUCUUGUGUGUAAUAAUCGACACGAAGAAGAUUCGGAACUUUUUCGUCAGACACAACUGCCAUCGUCACUCCGAGCGAUUAAUCGAUCAGCUCCAAAGAUUCCAAAGAAGAUUCCGAUCCAACGGUGAAACAGUCGAAGAGAGCAGCCGUUGAUGAUGACAUCGAAAUCGUGUUGAGAAGCUUAGGAAUGUUCGACGAUUCGGACGAAACGAGCCUUCUAGAAACUUCCUCUGCGGACGUAGCUUUUGACCUAUUUGAAGAGAGGAGUCCGUGUUUGGAUGAAGUGAAGGAAGCUUUCGAUGUGUUUGAUGAGAAUAGAGACGGGUUUAUCGAUGCGAAGGAGUUGCAAAAGGUUCUUUGCGCUCUGGGAUUAAACGAAGGAUUAAACGAAGGAUUAGAGAUGGAUAAGUGCAGGAGAAUGAUUGGGGUGUUUGAUGAGAAUGGAGAUGGAAGGAUAGAUUUUGAUGAGUUUGUCAAGUUUAUGGAGAUCAACUUUUGUUGAAAUUUAUUUAUUUUUUCAAUUUAGUACUAAUUUUACUCUUGCAUAUAUAAAUUUUCGAACGUCCUUGGCAAAAAUCAUGGAUUCGUCAUGUGUUUGAUC